AUGGAAGAGCAGCAUGUUCGCAUGAUAGAAGGGACCAACAUCGCGAAUUACCCAGCGCAGACAGUCUACGUGCUGGGUCUUUGUCUCAUUCUUUGUGUUUUGCUUGUCCUUCGCCGCUCCACGCGCCACGCUUUACUACCGGACGCAGAGAUCGCCAUGUCAGAGCCUCUAUCAACGUACUCGGACAUGCAAAAGCCAUACAACCGGCCCGGAGACCAUGGCGCCGGUGCUCAACAGGCCCAUCUCACCGAUUUGUUUGGAUCUUUUCCUGAACGGACGUACAUGGACACCGGCCCUUUGACCAGUGGAUAUCUGGCAGCCAAGGCAGAUAUCGAGGUAGCUGACAAGCUACACGCUGAGCGUGAAAAACAACAGCACCAGCAACGACAACAACAGCAGCAGCAGCAGCAACAGCGCAAGCAACAAGGUGCUGCAAUUGAUAUCAAAGUGGAGGCGAACAGGGUUCCAAUGAAGCAGGACGAGUCUCACAGACGAGCUUCCUACCCCCAGACCAGCGAUGCGCGAGCUUCGCUCCACGCAGCCUCCAAUCACGAUGACACGGAACAUUCUCUGGAUAGUCAUGAUCCAAACCUCAUUUGGAGGCGGCGGACCAUGAUCUUUCUUGGGAGAGCUUAA